AGCGCACUGCGCAUGCGCGUCUUUCCCUACACCGCUUUGUGUGAGUGUAUGAAUGGGUCGAGGUGGCAGAUAAAGAACCAAAACACACACUCUGACUAUUUAAAUUAGGUUCCGUUAAAACCCAGAUCACUUCACGAACCCUUUAAACAUCCUGAAAUCACCAGACCGGAAGUGAGGGACUCUGUGGAAACCGGUAGUUUUAGUCAAGAGGAUUCUGGAGCUUCCUUCCCACACGGGCUUCGAUGCGCUGAUACUCUGCGUAACAUCACUAAAGGGUCCUGAUUCUUUACACCUCUUAUAAUGAAUGAGUCCAGAUGCCACUUUUCAGGAAAAUCUCCACAGACUCCUGCUGCUACUGGCUCAAAGAUGUACCACUGCUCAGACUGUGGGAAGAGUUUUACUAAAAGUCAUCAUCUCAAAGAUCACGAGCGGAUCCACACAGGAGAGAAGCCGUAUCGCUGUGGACAGUGUGGGAAGAGUUUUACUCGUCAGCGUAAUCUCCAACAGCAUAAGCACAUCCACACAGGACAGAAGCCGCAUCACUGUGGACAGUGUGGGAAAAGUUUUACUUGCCAGCGUAAUCUCCAAAUACACGAACGGAUCCACACAGGAGAGAAGCCCUAUCAUUGUGGACAAUGUGGGAAGACUUUUACCCAACUAUGUAUUCUCCAACAGCAUAAGCGCACUCACACAGGAGAGAAGCCAUAUCACUGUGGACAGUGCGGGAAAAGUUUUACUCGUCAGCUUAAUCUCCAAAUACACCAGCGGAUCCACACAGGAGAGAAGCCAUAUCACUGCUCACAGUGUGGGAAGAGUUUUACUUGCCAGCUUAAUCUCCAAAUACACGAGCGCAUUCACACAGGAGAGAAGCCGUAUUACUGUGGACAGUGCGGGAAGAGUUUUACCCAACUGUCUAAUCUCGAACAACACAAGCGCAUUCACACAGGAGAGAAGCCGUAUCAUUGCUCACAGUGUGGGAAGAGUUUUACUUGCCAGCGUAAUCUCCAAAUACACGAGCGCAUUCACACAGGAGAGAAGCCACAUUACUGUGGACAGUGCGGGAAGACUUUUACUCAUCAGAGUACUCUACAACGACACCACCGUAUCCACACGGGAGAGAAGCCGUAUCACUGCUCACAGUGUGGGAAGAGUUUUACCCAGUUAUGUAAUCUCCAACGACACCAGCGUGUCCACACAGAACAGAAGCCGUAUUAUUUUUUCGAUUAAUCCGAUGGGGGAAGGGGUGUCAAACUUUCAGUACUAUUAUUUCAUUUAUUUAAAAUAAAAACCAAAAAACUGAGUGUUACAAAUAUUCAAACUUCAUAAUAUAAUAUAAACUUCAGAAUAUUAUAUAUAUUACAGUUGCUAUCAGAAUGAUUCAACCCCCAUUACAAUUCAGGUUUAUUGUCAGAAUUUACAGACUUUCAGCUGUUUGCGAUGAACAAAUCAAACAAAAGCAAUUGAAAUAGUUCAACACAACAAAUGCUUCGAGUGGUUUCCCCAAAUUCAACUGAAAAUGCAAUUUAUAAUGACUUCUCAAGUCUCAAAAUUAUUCAACCCCUUCAUGGCAAGCAUCUUUAGAACUUAGUAGAGCACCCAUUUGCAGUUAUGACCUGCUGCAAAUGAGAUGCAUAGCCAGACACCAGCUUCUGGUAGCGUUCCAGCUUCUGGUAGCGAAUCUUAUCCAAUUCCUCAUGAGCAGUGGCCUCCAGUUCAGUAAUAUUUUGGGGUUUGGUGCUACAAACGCCACCUUCAAAUCCCACCAGAGAUUCUUGGGGUUCAAGUCAGGUGACUGUGAUGGCCCUGUAGAAUCUUCCAGAAUUUCUUUUGCAACUAAUCCUUGGUGGAAUUUGAGGUAUGCUUGGGAUCAUUGUCCUGUUGGAAGGUCCAGUGACGCCCAAGCUUCAGCUUCUUCACAGACGGCAUGAUGUUUUCUCCUAGGAUUUCCUGAUACUUCAGUGAAUCCAUCUUGCCUUCCACACACUGCAGGUUUCCUGUGUGAGAGGAUGCAAAGCAGCCCCAGAGCAUCACCGAGCCACCACCAUGCUCGACUGUGGACAGAGUGUUCUUUCUUCAUUCUUCUUCCUCCAGACAUAUCGCUGACCAUUGUGCUGAAAAGUUCCAGUUUCAUUGCUCCACAGAACAGAAUCCCCAAACUUCUGUGGAUUAUUUAUAUGAUUUUGAGUGACUUUUCUUGUGCUUUUGAGUCAGUAGUGGUGUAUGUCUGAGUUCUAGCAUGGAAACCUUCUGUGUUUAGUACAUGCCUUAUUGUGCUCACUAAAACCUCAAUGACACUUACCCCCAAGUCUUGCUGCAGGUCUCUUGUAGUCACUCAAGGGUUUUUCACAGCCUGCUUUAUCAGAAAUCUGCUUGCAGCCGUUGAUGGCUUCCUAGUUUCUACCCCUAGCCAGUUCAGGUAUUUCAUGUGUUCCAGCUCAAGCACACCUGGUGCAACUAAUGAAGCCCUUGAUGAGUUUAGCAUCAGGCGUGCUUGACACAAUACCUGUUUUGCAUAUUUGUGCUGUUGUGAGGGAUCCUAUUCAGGGGGUUGAAUAAUGGUGAGGCUGAAAUCAUUAAAAGUUGCAUUUUCAGUUGAAUUUGGGGAAACCGUUUGAAGCAUUCAUUGUGUUGAACUAUUUCAAUUGCUUUUGUUUGAUUUGUUCAUUGCAAACAGCUGAAAAUCUGCAAAUUCUGACAAUAAACCUGAUUUGCAAACCUGA